AUGAGGUCGGUCAAGGAGGGCCUGAAGCUCCAGGCCCGCGCCAUAACCUCCGGCCGCCUCUCCACCACCGUCUCCGCCAACCAGCUGAUCAACCUCUACUCCAAACACGGCCUAAUCGACGAUGCCCGCAACCUGUUCGACAAAAUGCCCCACCGAAACGUUUUCUCUUGGAACACUAUAAUCAACGCCUACAUCAAGUCCCGAAACCUCCGCACGGCGAGGGCCCUUUUCGAGUCCUCCCCUUAUCGAGACUCCGUCACGUACAACUCCAUGAUUUCCGGCUACACCCGUUUGGACGGCCACGAAACAGAGGCCAUCGAGUUAUUCGCCCGAAUGCACCUCGAAAGAGAUGGGCCCUCCUUAAUCGACGAGUUUACCCUCACCACAAUGCUCAAUCUUGUGGCGAAAGUUAAAAUCUUGCGUUACGGGACACAGGUGCAUUCGUAUAUGGUGAAAACCAGAAAUGACUCGAGCGGGUUCGCGCAGAGCUCGUUAAUCGACAUGUACUCAAAAUGCGGGAGCUUUCCGGAUGCUUCUAAAGUUGUUGUAAAUGGAUGUUGGGUUGAUUUGGUUGUGAAAAAUGCAUUUGUGGCAGCUUGUUGUAGAGAAGGAGAAUUGAAAAUGGCGCACGAGAUAUUUUUACGUAAUCCCGAGUUAAACGAUAGUGUUUCUUGGAACACGAUGAUAUCGGGGUGUGCCCAAAACGGGUUCGAAUCGCAAGCGGUCGAGUUAUUCAAGCUCAUGGUUGAAAAGAGAUUCGAAUUGAACGAGCACACGUUUGCUAGUUUACUCGCAGCUUGUUCCGGUUUGAAAAGCUUGAAUCUUGGGAAAGAAGUCCACGCACGUGUCCUUAAAAACGGUUUGUUUUCGAACCCGUUCGUAAGUAGUGGCAUUGUCGAUAUUUACAGCAAGUGCGGUGAAAUGAGUUACGCCGAGCGUGUGAACGAGUCUAUGAAUGGUGUGGAAAACGUGUUUGCUAUGACUUCGAUGAUUGUCGGGUACUCAGCACGAGGCGAAAUGCCGAAAGCCAAGAAACUCUUCGAUUCGUUGUCCGAGAAGAAUUUCGUCGUGUGGACCGCCGUAAUUUCCGGUCACGUGAAGCUACAACAAUGCGACGAGGCUUUUGAUCUUUUCCGCGAGUAUACCGCGCGAGAGGGCAAAAACGGGUUUUUCCCGGAUGGCGUGAUUCUCGUUAGCCUACUCGGCGCGUGUGCCGCGCAAGCGAGCGUGGACCCGGGAAAACAAAUCCACGCGUAUAUAUUGCGAACCGGAAUUCAAACGGACGAGAAAAAAUCGACAAGUGCCUUGAUCGACAUGUACUCCAAGUGCGGCUUCAUAUCAUACGCGCGGAGAAUUUUUCCGAGCGUCGAUUUACGAGACACCAUCAUUUACAACGUCAUGAUUUCGGGUUUAGCUCAUCACGGGUUCGAACGCGAGGCCAUCGAGUGUUUCGAGGAGAUGAUCGUAAACGGGCGGCACAAACCGGACGCCGUGACGUAUAUCGCGAUUUUAUCCGCGUGCCGACAUUGUGGACUUGUCGAGGCCGGCGAGAAGUAUUUUUCCGAGAUGAAGGAAAAUUACGGGAUUGCCCCCGAGAUGGACCACUACGCGUGCAUGGUCGACUUGUACGGGAGGUCAAACAUGCUUGAAAAGGCAGUUGAGUUCAUGGAUAAGAUGCCUUUCGAGCCGGACUCGAUCACGGUUAGUGCUUUCUUGAACGCGUGUAGGGAGAAUAGGAAUGUCGAGCUGGCGAAAAUGGCGGAGAGGAAGUUGAAUGAGGUGGAAAGGGGUGCUGACGGGUCGAGGUAUUUCCAGGUGGCGAGCGUGUAUGCGUCGGGUGGGGAGUGGGAAGAGAAGGGGAGGGUUAUGAGGAGGAUAAGGGAGAUGGAGGCGAAGAAGCUCGCGGGCUGCAGUUGGGUUCGGGCCGGGAAUGGGCUUCGUGUGUUUACAAGUGGUGAUAGGUUGCAUUGUGAAGCUGUGGGUUUGGAUGGUGUUGUGGGAUUGUUGAUUGAUGAAAUGUUCGUUUUGCAAAAGUACGACAAGGUCGAGAUUAUAUUGCAAUUAUCCAAAGUUUGUGUUCGCCAGCAAUGGCUCUAUUUGGAUCCAUCAUGUCCGGCGAGGUAUGGUUACAUGUUCACUCUUAUAGCCAUUUGCUGUUAUUCUGAAAUCGAGAAAUUCAUGUUGGGUUGCGAUUGCUUCUUUGCCCUCUUGGCUCUAAUGUGGUUGUCCGAACGGCAUGUGGGGGUUGUCUUGCCCGUUUAUUCUACGUUCAAGGCCAUUGAAGCAAGGGAUGAAAAUGAAGAACACAAAUGGCUUCUGUAUUGGGCCGCUUAUGGAUGCUUUAGUCUUGCUGAGGUGUUCACCGAUAAGAUACUUUACUGGUGUCCGCUCUACUAUCAAAUGAAGUUUGCAUUUCUUGUGUGGAUGCAACUUCCAUAUGUCGACGGGGCAAAGCAGCUUUAUAUGAACUACUUGCAACCCUUCCUCUCAAGACAUCAAUCAAAACUCGAUCGACCUGUGGGUUUCUUUUAUUAUGAAAUGGUAAAAUUCGUCAAAAACCACGAAACAGAAUUUCUGAUUGCAAGGAAGCUCAUUAUAAAGAUUUUGUUGUCAGCUCAUAAUGCCGUUCGAGAAAUCAUCCACCCGAGGCAAAGUCAGCGAAACAGGCCUGCAAUCGAAGGUCUUUCCGAACAAGAGGAAACUUCAGAGUCAGAUGAAGAUGAAGAUUGACAACAUAUUUCAUUAUCAGAAGAGCCAUAGAAUUCUUAGGAACUGAGUAUUUAUGCAUUCUUUUCUAGCUAGAUCAGAAGUCUCUGAAUUAUUAUUAUUUUUUUAUUUUUUUGCUUUUUUUAUGUAUCUAGUGGAGCUCGAACAAAAAAUUAGACUGUGUUAUAAUCGAUUGUGGACAAGCCUGUUUACCAACGUUUAAUAAUUUUCAUGGACAUUAAUUUAACAUAUUAUUUUAUUAAA